AUGGACCCGCUUGUCGUUAAUAACCCUGGCGUGUUGAUGAGUUUGUUGAUGGAGAAUGAAAUGGAAUGGAGGCAGCAAGUCUCGUCUAGUCUCAUAUACCUCAUCCAGACAGUCCAAGACCUCAAACUGGAAAACGAGGCCCUGAGGCAGCAGCUGAACGAGCAGAAGCACUUCUCGUUGAUGGCCUUCAAUGUUGAUGAGAAGUUGUUGUUCAAUGCUGUCUAUGUAGAGAAACACAAACUGACUGACUUCGACCCUCUGAAUCCUCAAAGGACGGUCAUUUUGGGAGAAUUUGUAGCCGACUUUGCUAAUGGACAUGGCCUGAAUGGGUGCAAUCUGGGACAAGUGGUACAACCGAUUACUACUGGGGUUAUCAGAAAGGUAGGUUAUUAUAACAUCGGCUUAGAGUUUUUGAAUAUAAAAUGAAAAUCUGUUUUGAUAAUUUAAAUUAGAAUAUAAACUUAUACUAUCUUCAAGUUUAAAUGAAUUUGUUUUAGCUGUUCGAAUCAGAGGCUGACAAGUAUACCUACACUGAAGACUCGAUAGGUAAAGGAAGGCCAGCACGUUAUGCCAAGAUACCGACAGAAUUCAUAAAAGAGUUGUCAGGUAAGUAGUUAUUAAUACAAGACGAAGAUUGCAAAAAAAUGGCAUUUUAAUGUGAGUACUACUACAAUAUAAAUCGUUUUUACUGUAAUAUGUAACAUUCUCAUCAACUGACAUUUUUAGAAGCCAUUUGUGACGGAUUCAACCCUUCAAAAAGUCAACGUGCUAAACUUUUGCCCCAGGCGAGAACGAUAGCAGGAACGGUGGCAAGAAAUUAUUUGUAAGUGUUUAGAGUAGAUUACGUAAAACGCUAUUAUAUAUGGUAUAACACAAAAAUAUUUUUCGUAUGAAAAUUUUAAAUCUGAAGUCCUCAUAUAUAAAUUACAGUAACAACGCAAGAUCACACCGCAAAAAGAGCCAGAACAGUCCAUCGUGCUCAGUGGAAGACGGUGAAUCGAGGAUGGGCGACGAGUGA